AUGUUUUUGAAGGCGGGUAAAGGGAAAAAAAUAACAACAGCGAGCGUAGAUGGGCUUGGCUGUGUCGUUAUGGAGCCCCCUUUGAGCAAGAGGAACCCGACACUGAGAUUAGCGGAUUUGGCAGCGGCUCAGCCCCAUCCUCACCAGAACAUGACAGGGUUCCCGGGGCUGGGGAACCACCACGUCCACCCCCACCACGCGGCCCACCUCCACCCCGGGGACGCGGGCGGCGACCCCGGCGGCGCCCUCACGCCGCUCGGACCCGAGCACAUGGCGCAGCCCGCCGCCCUCAAGCUCACGCCCGAGGCGCUCACCGCCGCCGCCUUCGCCGCGCCCGCCGCCACCACCACCGCCGCCGCCGCCGCCGCCACCGCCGCCGCCGCCACCACCGCCGCCGCCUACGCGCCGCCCGCCGCCGCCCUCCCGGGAUACCCGUCGGGGGGGGCGGCGGGCCGGGACUUCCUCCUGCGGCGGGAGCUGCCCGCCGCCGCCGCUGCCGUGCACGGGGCGCUGGGCGAGCAGCACCCGCCCGCCGGCUCCCCCCACCUUCCGCACCCGCCGCCGCACGGCGUCUUCAUCUCGGCCGCCGGCACCUACGGCGCGACCGACGGGGCGCACGCCGCCUUCCCGCCGCCGCCGCCCGGCGAGCAGGGCGCGCCCGCCGGCCGCCACCCGCCGCUCAACGGGCAGAUGCGCCUGGGGCUGGCGGCCGCCGCCGGGGAGCUCUACGGGCGAGCCGAGGCGAACUACGGGGCCGCCGCCGCCUCCUCCUCCUCCUCGGCGUUGCAAGGCUACGGCUCUGUCAACCUCAACCUGGCGGCGGCCGGCCACGGGCACCCGCAUCACCCCCAUCCCCAUCACCACCACCAUCACCACCACCACCACCAUGGCCACGUCGGGGCCGCGGCGGCGGCGGCGGCUGGGGCCUUCCUGAGAUACAUGCGACAGCCCAUCAAGCAAGAGCUGAUCUGCAAGUGGAUCGACCGGGAGCCGCCUCCUCCACCUCCGCCGCCGCCACCGGGCGGUAGGAAGCCUUGCUCCAAAACUUUCAGCACGAUGCAGGAGCUGGUGAGCCAUGUCACCGUGGAGCACGUCGGUGGGCCCGAGCAGAGCAGCCACGUGUGCUACUGGGAGGAGUGUCCCCGCGAAGGCAAGCCCUUCAAAGCGAAAUACAAACUCAUCAACCACAUCCGAGUACACACGGGAGAGAAACCCUUCCCUUGCCCCUUCCCUGGCUGCGGGAAGGUCUUCGCUCGCUCCGAAAACCUCAAGAUCCACAAGCGGACUCAUACAGGGGAGAAGCCCUUCAAGUGCGAGUUCGACGGCUGCGAGAGGAAGUUCGCCAACAGCAGCGACCGCAAGAAGCAUUCCCACGUCCACACCUCGGACAAGCCCUACUACUGCAAGAUCCGCGGCUGCGACAAAUCCUACACCCACCCCAGCUCCCUGCGGAAGCACAUGAAGAUCCACUGCAAGUCCCCGCCGCCCUCCCCGCCGCCGGGCUCCCAGGGCUACGCGGCGGCGGGGCCCCCCGACGGCCCGCUGCCCCCCGAGGCCGAGCCGGCCGCCGAGCCGCCCCGCGGCCGCUCCGCCGCGCUCUCCCCGCCCGUCACCAACCUCAGCGAGUGGUACGUCUGCCAGGCCGGGGGGGCUCCCCGCAGGCCCCGCACCCCCUCCAGCCGAGACACCUCCCCGGCGUCCGAGGAGGACGAGCCCCACAGGACCUCGGGAGGCAGAACUGCUCCCUAG